AUGAGUAAUAAACAAAUAAAACAUUUGAUUGGACAACAAGUUAUAAUUAAGCGAAAGCUUAUUAGCUUUGGUAUUUUUGUGAAAUCGCUUACACACAGUAAACUAAUUAAUGAUUUACAAACACAGAUCGAACUUCAAUUGCGUUUAGAUAAAAUUGAAGGUUUAUACGAUGAUUUCGAUGCUUUACAGAGUGAGCUGGACGAGUGUUCGGAUAUGCUUGAGGACGAGGCUCAGGGACGCGAGGCCUUUGAUUGCCAGUACUACUCUUUCGUGUCUGCCGGUCGUGCCUUGAUCCAGAGUCUUUCACUUCCUUCGCGGGACACUUCGGUUCCGCAGAAAACAAAGUGGAUGCAAUCGCAGGAGACGUUGAAGGAGGGUGCCUUGGCUGUGAUAAAGGACAAGUCCAGGAAACCAAUCAUGUGGUUGCUGGGGCGAAUUCUUCAAGUGCUUCCGGGUGAAGAUGGAGUUGCAAGGGUGGCAGACAUUCGCACCGGGAAGGUCGCAAUCAGACGAGUCUUCAACAUGAUAUAUGCCCCCCCCGCCGACUGUAAAUAUUGAAGACGACUCUUCAACGCGGGGAGUAUGUUUGAGUACGCGCGCGCCUGAUGAUCGCGUGGGGCGCGCGCGACGCAAGGGGCGGGGAGUGCCGGCGACGAUGCGAGCGCAGCGCUGACGA